AUGUCGUCUUCGCCGGCCACCACCACCACCUCCGCGCCGCCCAACCCGCCGCCUCCCGCACCGCCGCUCUCGCAGCCGCCGCCCUCCACAGGAGCCGCGGCAUCCAUGGCGGAGGCCUCCGACGUUGCUCCACUUCUCUCGCAGCAGGAGAUCUCGACGGCCAUCCGCGAUCUCGCCAUCGCGGUCCAAGGCAUCCGCCUGUACCUGAUCGGCACUCAGGGGAUGACCACGCCGCCGCUGCCGCCGGCCCUCAACGCCUACUCGGCCGCGCCGACGUUUCCGCCCGUCCAGGGCGUGCCCGCCCCGCCCCCGGCCUCGCCGCCCCCACCGCCGUGGUCGUCUUGGCAGCCGGCCCCCAGCGCCGGGCUGCUGCAGUCCCCACUGCCGCUAUCCAUCAUCUCCGGGUCGGGCCAUACCUCAGCGCCGGGGGUCCCUCUUCUCCAGCAGUCGGCCGCCUUCUUCCCCACCGGGACGCUACAGCAACAGCAGCAGCUGCCGCCGCCUCCAACGCCACCGCUGCAGCUGCUGUCCUCACCGACGCUGUCCCUGUCGUUCGGUGGGCAACUGCAACAGCAGCAGCUGCUGCCAGUUGAGAGGAGGCCGUGGGUGCUGAGAAGGGUCGUCGAUGGCGCGGCGUCUCCGGCGUUCGAAAGGGCAAGGCAAGGACGGCAAUCGAUUGGCGACGGCAUGGCGAUGCUCAACGUGCUGCUGGCGCAGAGAAAAGCUAGAGGAGAUGGAGACGAUGCUCGACGCAGGCGUAGGGAUGCAGGAGAACGACGGACGCGAUGGGGCAAUGCCACGCUCUGGCGCGUCCAGGGCGUGGUGAUCACGCCGCUGGCAUGCCCUGGCAUGGUGAUGGGCGCGUGCUGCCUGGCCAAUGCCGUGCUCGCGCGCGCUUGGGCCGUGCACCGUGGUGAUCAUGGAGUUCAGGGGCAGAAUUGUGCCUGCAACACGUUCGACGAAAUGGCCGCAUGA